AUGUCCCCAAUACCGGAUUCGGAUUCCAGCGCGGCGGAGUCUACUUUAAAUCCGCCGGAUCAAAAUUUGUUGAAUAAGGUCGGAAACUUGACACAAAACGUCUACAACCAAGCCACCGGCUUGGCCAACCAAUUUGGGUAUACCAACGACAAUCGCAACAACUACAACUACGGUCAAAACGCGUACGGUCCGAUGUCACCGCCUACCACACGACAGCCUUAUCAGUAUGACCCGAAUUACUACAAGAGGGAUGAUGAGGAAUAUACCACGGUCGAUUGCACAAUUCUACCAUUCCCGAUGGCAAAAGGCGAGAAUGACUACCGUCACUGGCAACAACAUCACAGCCCUACGUCUUCAAGCUUAUCCGGAACUCUUGACCCAUGGGAAAUGCCGAGAAGCAACCUCAUCAUUGACUAUGAAAACAAACUGGGAAGUGGAGCGUUUUGUAAUGUCUUUAAAGGCAGAAUAGUCGGGGAGGCUCCAGUCGUAACCCUUCAACCCUCUCUACGCACUAAUGGUUUCCGGGACUGUGAAGUAGCUGUAAAAAUGCUGCCCUCAUUUGCCGAUGAUAUUGCGAGGAGUGAUUUUAUGCAGGAAAUCAACUUCAUGAAAUCCCUCCGCUACCACCAGCACUUGGUGUCGAUGCUUGGCUUCGUGUCUGACCGAAGAUCCCCAAUGUUGGUCGUCGAAUUUUGCGGUCACGGAGAUCUGCUCCAUUACAUCCGUGAAAGGAAGGAGCUUAUCAGAAGUGGUGUCGACAACGCCAGCGGCGUCACGAUCAAGGAGAUCGUAUCAUUCGCCUGGCAAAUCGCUCAGGGCCUCGAAUAUCUGAACAGUGUCGGCUGCAUCCAUCGAGAUGUAGCGGCCAGGAAUGUGCUCGUGGCCGAUAAUCAUGUUUGCAAGAUCGGCGACUUUGGACUUUGUCGACUGACGGAUUCCUUGCUCUACACAGCUAGAGGAGGAAGACUACCGUUAAAAUGGAUGGCCCCGGAAAGCCUAUCAACGUUUGAAUACUCCUUCAAGAGCGAUGUAUGGUCCUACGGCAUCUUACUGUGGGAGUUAUUCUCCCUUGGUGAAGUCCCGUUCGCCGGGGUCCAAACCACCGACCUGCUCCUCUACAUCCGUGCCGGAAAUCGUCCGGAUCGGCCGGCGUUUUGUACCGAUGAAGUAUGGACAAUUUUGAUGGCUUGCUGGCACCUCGAAGCCGACAAGCGCCCAACGUUCACAGAUUUGGGCCGAAAAUUCGGAGGCAUUUUGGAGAUUGCCACCGAGAACUAUGGCUACUUGAUACCGACAGCCCGUAUAAGCACGGACUCCCAUCCGCAGGAGGAGAACUCCGAGAUUAGCAAUGUU